UUCAUAUAGUAUAUCAUCCAAUUCAACCACGGUUAUUCAUUAUUUCAUCGGUUUUCUUGUCACGAUUUAUGUUAUAAGUGAAACAGGGAAGAAUGAAGAACGGGGCGUCUCUUUUUUUGAAGAACAUAAUAUCUCUAGUGACAUCGGUCACAAAAUCUAAAUCGUUGGCUAUUAAAAGUAAAAUAGAGACCCUGAAAGCUAGAGUUAUAAUUUUCUCCUUGUUGAAAAACAAAAAGUUUCAUGGUCUCACACUAAGAAAAAGUUCAAUCUCGCAUAAAAUUCAUGCGUUACUACUUGGGGGUCCAUCACAAGAAGACGACGACGAUGAUCAGAAAGUUGUCCAAAGUUUGGGAGCUUAUGAUGACGAUGAUUAUCCGGAUUUGAGACACUCCCUUUUUGAUGAAGAGGUUGAUGAUGAGUUAGGAACUCCAAAUACUUCUGUGAUUGAUUUGGUGAAGAACUUGAAAGAGAAUGAUGGUGAAGAUUUUCGUCUAGAGGAUGAAAUUGAUCACGUCGCGGAUCUCUUCAUAAUGAAGUUCCAUAAGCGAAUGAGACUUCAGAAACUUGAAUCUUUUAAAAGGUAUCAAGAUAUGCUAGAGCGAAGUUCAUAAUUAAGAUAUAUAUUUCAUCUCGUAACCGGCUACUAUACCAUGACUACGUUCAAUAUUAAUAUUCAGCUCGAUCAAUCAUAUCGAUCGUUGGCUUUAAACCUCCUUUUGUUUUUUUAGUCUCAUAGGUUGCGUGCAAACCUCAAGUUGUUUCGUUUUCGUUUUUUUUUUGUUACUCGGUUGUUUUUCUUUAAGCUAAUUAAUCUGUUAUCAUAUGAUUAUAACUGAAAUUAA